AUGCCUCCCAAGAGCCGCGAAUAUUAUCUGACGACGAGCUCCAGCCGGGACUUUGCCUGGUUCCUCUUCAAGGCCGCCGGCGCCCGAACCCAGAGCAAGAAACUUGCGCCGCCCUCACCGAACGCCGUCCCUAAGGCUCGACGGGCAAAGAUGGCGGAGCCAAAACUGGCACUUUUGCCCCCCGCCGAGGCCAAGGCGAGGAAACAGGCUCCUCCCCAAUCCAGACCAGAGCCAGCCAAGCCGAGGAAGCAGGCCAAACCGAAGCGAGCUGGGCUGAAAAGCGUCGGCCUCUGGUCCGACUGGUACGUGAGCGAAGACCGCAGCUACUUCUGGCGAGCGAGAAUGUCGCACAACGAGACUUGGGAUUACCAGUUCACCCCUGGAUACCAAGAGCCCGCACCGGCCGACAAGAUCACCCCCAACCCGUCCAGCGGCGAGUCCAGCCAGCCGCAGUCCCCCAUCCCGGAGAAGCGCCCGGGCAGUUCCAACCCUAACGUGUCCCAGGGCCCUGCCUCGCCCAAGAGCUCACUGCGAACAAUACUGACGACCUCGACCGGCCGCCCGACCGAAGACCUGUCCGCUUCAACCAGCAGGACGCUCGUCACGCUCCCUAAGGAGGUGGAGGACAGCAGCCAGUCCGGAACAGCGCCGGUGCCCCUGGCCGCCGAGACGAAAAAGAACCCGUCCGGGUCCGGGACCAAGAGCAACGAGGCCAGGCGCGCGAGCAGCACCAGAAGUCCGGUGCUGCGGCUCCUCCAGGAAGGGCGCAGCCGCAAGAACAGGGCCAGGGCGGAGGCGGCCAGAUCUGGUGCCGACAACACCGCCGGUAUGGGUAUGCCCGACGCGGCAGAUGUCACGGGCAAGAGGAAGCAACAUCCAAGGGCCGCCCACGCCGGCAACGGAGGCAACGGCAGCGGAGCAGCCACCGUGGUGGCCGGAAACCGCACGUCGUCGGCAUUUGCGAAGAAGCUGCGUGCCAAGGUCAAGUCGGAAAAGGAGCUCAAGGUGGACCCCAAGAAGAGGGUGAGGACGUGGUUGAAGGGAGUCGAGGUCGAUUGGGCGCCGAUCCCGUUGGACGCGCAGGGGUUUCCCAUUUACCGAUGA